AAAACAUUCCAUUGCGAGAUCGGAUCCGUUACCGUUCUAUCUCUAGUCUUUAUUAUGUCACAGUCAGUCCUGGUGAGGUCUGUAGUGGGAAAGCAUGAAAAAUGAAAAACCUGAGUAAAUAAGCUUGGCACUGCUAUUGUGUAGAGGGAGGGAAGGUUACACGUGAUGCACGUUCAAUUAGGUUAUAUUUGUCAUUAAAAAUCAUUCUUUACGGAUCAGUUUGAACUUGUCGAAUGACUGCUAAAUGUUUUGAUUACAUGUCUGCUCGCGAAUGUAAAACUGCUGAGUCCUGAGACAGGCCAUAGCAAUCAUGAAUAUUAAUAUGUAAACUUAUGUUUAUUGUUUAAAUUUUGAGUACAGAAAAUGGAUAUAAGUCUAAAUAUGUAAUUACUCCAAUAUUUUUGCUGAUCAAAUGUUCUCUUUUUGGGAGGCGAUAUGGGGGAGUAUUUAUCUCUCAUCUAUGUCGCAGCAAAGCCUUGCGCAAGCCCACCUCUCCAUGAAUCUCCUGCUAUUCACUUUACCGUGACCUCUCUAUCUCUCUCCACCCACCACGCAUCCAGAUACCCACCCACCCUCGACGACAGUAGUGUGUCUGACGUCAGAAGUCGGGUAGCAGUUAUACUUGGGUUGCCAAAAAUUAUUUCAAAAAUCUGGGUGGGUAUGAGGCAUUGCUAUAAAUGAAACGUCACCUUUCCUCCAUGUUCUGUGACACACUGGCUUGUAACGACUGAUCGUCAGCAGCUUACAAAAACUUUUACCACUUAUCGAAUAGGCUGCAAAGAGAACGCUGAAGUAAAGCACUUUUCUUAGGAACAACUUUAUUUCUAGUCCGCUAACAUCAUUUUUUUAUUUUUGGAAUAACUGUUAGAAACCUAGUAGCGAGAAUUUCGUUGCAAGGACAAGUUACGACGACCGAAUAUUUCUAACCAUGAAAGAAGUUUUCCGAGGAGUUAUUGUUUUUCUGCUGGGUGUUGUUCUCUCCUCUCCGAUCCAAGAAAUUCGGGAAGAUGAUCAUGAAAGAGAGCUGGUCAACGUGCAGCUUUUACGUCAUCACAGCGAUCACCGAGUCCGACGUGAAGCUGGAGUCUCCAGCAUGCCAGACGUCAUCGUGACGCAAUUCCGGUUGUCAGACAAUGACGUCAUUUUGAGGCUUCGUCGAGUGCCUCACCCUAAGAUGUACACUUUUGGGGAUUCUUUCGAGGAGUAUACUCACUCCCCUAUGGAAUCCUCUGUGUACGUUGACCCUUCACGAUCUGCUGCGUUCAUGGUUGCAAGGUCGGGAUACGGCGAUUACAUCCUGGAAGGAAAUCUUCAUCAUAAAGGAAAGCAACUUUACUUACGUCCAACUCGCAGCAGACGAUCAGCAGAUGACCACAACGAACACGCUGUCUCCCCUUUGGUAGACAUUCCCGUCAUUGACUUUGGUGAUGACUACUACGACGUUGGUGGCACUAACAGCAGCUACGAUGGUGGAAUCCACAGAAGGAAACGACAAACGCAAGUUACGACACACACCAUUAAAAUUACUGUCGUUGUCGACUACAGUGACUACUCCAACUGGACGAGACAAUUUCCAAAUGACACAAUGAUCCAGAUUCGAACCUACUUCACUUACAUCGCAACUUUGUUGAGAAACAUCUACACUAGUGUCAACAAAAUAGACAGCAGCAUUGAUAUCAAACCGGUCGUUACCAGCUUUGUUGUGCUCACGACACCCCAAGUAUCCAACUUCUCGGAAUCAGUGCAUACCGCUGCUGGUGGGAACCCAAUCCAGGGAAGAGCUUUUCUGGAAGCAUUUUCUAACUGGAUUUCUACUCAGCCAAACAUAAGCGCUAGCGACCAUUACAUGGCGUUUACAGGGUAUGACAUCGCCUCAGCAGUUGGUAUCGCAAACAAGGGAACCUUGUGCAGGGGCAGACUGUCGGUGUCCAUUGUGGAGGACCACAAGCAGGCCAGUGUGGCCAACACUGCUGCCCACGAGCUUGGACACAGCAUCAAUGCUUCCCACGACGGCGACGUCGGCUGCGACAAUGCCAAGCAGUUCGUCAUGACCCCGACGUUCUUCGUGCCCCCGGAUUUAUCGGUGACCUCCCCCAGCAACCUCUUCACGUUCUCUACCUGCAGUGUGAACGCCUUCAAACGCUAUCUGAACACGCAAACGUGCACACUCAAUACCUCCAUGACGACGACAAGUGUGCUGACUCCUGUACCAUAUGGAGAACUCAUCACUAACCUGGAUCUUCAAUGUCAAGUGGCCCUUGAUGACCCGGACAGCAAGUCCUGUCAGGAAUUAGAUCAAGAGGCUCCUUUGGCUUCUCUCUGCUACGGGAUGUUGUGCAGUCUACAGGGUGGUAACAUAUGUCAAUAUGUUCUUCCUUUUGAUGGCACACCCUGUGGACCUGAAGAGAUUUGCCAGCAGGGAUUAUGCGUCUCUAAAGCAGCUGCAACAAUACCAACAACACAAGUAACAUCAGCACAGCAAGAAAUCUCAACCAGUCUAUCUAUCUCAGCAAGUCCCACAACCCAGGAAAACAUCAGACCAAAUGGCACAGUCCUGCAGACAGUCACCACACCAAAGGUCACCAUCUCGCCGGUAGUCACUACACCAAAUGUCACAAACCUGCAAGCAGUCACCACACAAAAUACCACACGCAUGAAUGCAGUCACCACACCAAGUGUCACCAUCUUGCCUAAUGUCACCACACCAAAUACCACACGCCUGAAUGCAGUCACCACACCAAGUACCACACGUCUGAGUGCAGUCACCACACCAAAUGCCACCAUCUUGCCUGUAGUCACCACCCCAAAUACCACACGUCUGAAUGCAGUCACCACACCAAAUGCCACCAUCUCGCCGGCAGUCACCACCCCAAAUACCACACGCCUGAGUGCAGUCACCACACCAAAUGCCACCAUCUUGCCUGUAGUCACCACACCAAAUACCACACGCCUGAGUGCAGUCACCACACCAAAUGCCACCAUCUUGCCUGUAGUCACCACUCCCAAUACCACACGCCUGAGUGCAGUCACCACACCAAAUGCCACCAUCUUGCCUGUAGUCACCACACCAAAUACCACACGCCUGAGUGCAGUCACCACACCAAAUGCCACCAUCUUGCCUGUAGUCACCACUCCCAAUACCACACGCCUGAGUGCAGUCACACACAAAUGCCACCAUCUUGCCUGUAGUCACCACUCCCAAUACCACACGCCUGAGUGCAGUCACCACACCAAAUGCCACCAUCUUGCAGACAGUCACCACACCAUCUGUAGCAUCCCCGACAGUUUCAUCUGCAAGUGUGACAACGACUCCCAUUCCAGGAAGAGUCACAACUACUGUAGGCACAUCAGCGGUCCCAUCCACUACAGCACGAGCCUCCACAACCCAGACAAGAACAACGAACUCUGCUACAUCGACCACCAGGAGCACAGCGCCAGCAACGGCAACCACCUCGACAGCACUGUACAGCCUAGUUCAAAGACUCAGAGCAUACAUCAACUGCGUCAACGGCUGCUCACGUUACCGUUAUAAUUACGCGGAUUACUAUUCUUGUUACAGGCAAUGUUUUGACAUUUACUACGGCUAAUUAGAAAAGUUCUUUGCUGUUUUUUACGUGCAUGCUGCUGCAACAAACACACACACACACACA